AUGGACACCGAAAUUGCGACCGAAACUCGCAAGGCAACGGCACGACAACUAGAGAUGCAGCUAAAAACAACAGCACAGGACCUACACGAGUCGAGGGCCUUGUCGAAGCAGUUGUUGGAGGAAAGGGAGGAAAGCGAAGUGGAGCUCCAGAAGGUAAUUAACAAAAACUCAGAAUUGAGAAGGGAGCUGGCGGACAAUGAUGUGCAGCUGACUGAUGCCCGCGGAGAAGUGGACCGUUUGCAAGGCACAAUAGACACCUUCAACCAGUGCGCUUCGACACAUGAAGUGGCCUUGGCCCGCAUCACACAGUUAGAAGAAGAACUGGGUGCGGCAAAUGAGGAACUUAAUCUGUUUAGGAAAGAGCGGGAGCACUAUGAUGCUUCGCAGUUACAGAAUGUGUACCAAGAGUUGUGCAAGUGUUACAGUGCGAGUUUUACGUACACGGAGAAAUUCACCUUGAAACAAUGUUCGUCUGACUUUGAGUACCAUGUAAUCCAGUCUAAGAAAGACCUCGACUCUGAGGAUGAAUCUGGAUCAUUAAAGACUCAGAAGAAAACAACCAAAAGGAAAAACGCUUCUCAGAUCCCGAAACGUGACGCGGGCUGGUCGCUGGACAGAAACGUCGUCGAAGAAUGUGCUAGUAAAAGCAAGAAGAUCAAACCAAAGAAAACUGUGAAAAAGCACGCAUCGUCCGUGUUAAUAACUGAUACGUUGCAGGACAGUGACACUGACCUUGAUGAAGAAGACAAAACUAAAAGUACGACAACCAAGUCGAAGAAAGAGACACCUGAUUGUAAGCCAGGCUGGUUUUCAAACUGGGGUGACGAAGGACAUGUUGAAGCCCAGCGUCGAGCAUCCGCUGCCAACUCUCUGUCGUCCGUGCUGAUACGUCGCGUCCCAGGCGGCUACGUGCGUCGCACAGCUUCGUUAACCGGUGAUCUUUUUAUUGAUCUUAAACUGUAUAACGUAGUAGAUAUUCAAAACGUUCCAUCUGAAGCCCGUUGGGAGAAAGCGCUGGUUAAUUUUAAAUAUCGUGUGGAUUCCGUUUCGGAUAUAGUAGAUGGAAUAAAUAAGAUUCUAAAGCGUUGUAAGGACGACUUUACAGAUGAAGGAACCUUUUUCCCAGAUAAAAAAAGCCAAUAAUCUUUAAUCUUUUUUACGUCUAAUUUAGUCUAUUCCUAUGUCAAUAGGCAAAAUGCCUCAUAAUAGCUCCAUAUUUUGUUCAGUGUGUGACAUAAGUAUUCCAAGUAAAGCCUUUUCUGCUCACUUGCGCACUAACUUGCAUAAAAAUAAUAACUCUGUUCAAUUAACUCCUGAUAUUGAAAAAAUAAGCAGCGCUUUCCGUAGUAGAAUAGCAUCAUACAGAGUGCGUGGACCAGAGAGUAGCCUCCAUGACUCACCGGUAAAGUUUCUGUGCGCUCUUCGUAGACAUAUUAAACAUAUUCUCGAAGCGAGAAGGCUUGCUUUUGGAUCUAUAAAGGUUAACUUUGAACUGUUUGCUGAAUUUGGUUUGCCGAAAAAUGAAGCAUGUGAAAUUAAAUCAUUCGCUACGCAAAAUAUCAUUUUACAUCAGAGUUACGAAUUUAAAGAAAUAUUUUCAACCAUUUUGAACACAUUGAGCACGAAAAUUGAUGAAUUUCAAGAACGGGACAGUGGCUGGAGCUUUCUACGAAACUUAUAUCUCGAGAUAAACAUAAACAAAUAUAAUCCUCUUAGAGCGUCUAGAUUUAUAGAAUUACCAAAGUUAAUAAAACAUCGAAGAGCUUGUGUAAAUAUUAAAAACAAUGAAAGUAGCACUAUCUUCGAAUGAUGAUAAACGAGUAAUAUUAAAAGACAAUAUUCACACACUUGCGUGGGGACAUGCUUCAUUUUUCUAAAUAUAGUUAUAUAGUGAUAUUUUAAAGGAAACUUUGAACUAAUUUGUAAACACCUACUUUACUUUUUAAGUUAGCUAUGCCAGUAUGUAUAUUAUUAUUAAAUAAACUUAAAAAAA